UCAGCCCGGGGUUCGGCCCGGCCGGGGCUGGGCGGGGUGCCGGUCCCUCAGCCCGCGGUUCCGCUCACCCGCCGCGCCUGGGGGGGGCACACGGAACAUGGCGGAGGGGCCAGGCCGCGCCCGCCCCGCCGUGUCCUGACGGGAACCCGGCGGGCCCGGGGCGGGGCGCCGAGGGCGGGUUGGGCGGCGGGGCUGUCGGUCAGCGUCGUUCGCGUGUCCGUCCGUCCGCGCCCACCGGGCGGCCAGCGCGGAACUGCAGGCGGCGUGUGGCGGUGCUCGGCCGGCAGAAAGGACAUUCUGCAUUACUGGAGGCAGGUGCUCUGUUUGCGGAGUGACUUAUGAUGUCAAGAACUGUCUCAUCCUGGAUCUUAAGCUCAGCAAGAAACAGCAUUGUUUGCCAAGGGAAAGGACGUUGGUACUCCAUCUGUAUCCCAAACAGAAACAAGACAAAAUGGAAGCUUGUUGUCUCCAAAACACACCCCUUCCCUGCUGGGGGCUGCGGCUUAGACAAUCCUUUCCCCUUACAAAGAGCAUUCCGACACACUUCCACCGAAGAGGAGCAUUUUUCUUUCCAGUUGUCUCCAUCACAAAUCAACGACAUCCUCCGAGCAGGUGAAUUAUCCCAUAAAACACUGGAUCUGAACGGCAAAGCCACCAGUUCUGUGUUGAGGUUUGAGAGUAACCAGCUGGCGUCCAACAGCCCCAUCGAGGACCGGCGGAGCGCGGCCACGUGCCUGCAGACGGCGGGGAUGAUGUUCGGGGUGUUCGACGGCCACGCGGGCUCCGCCUGCGCCCAGGCCGUGAGCGAGAGGCUCCUGCACUACAUCGCCGUGUCCCUCAUGUCCCGGCAGAGCCUGGAGGAGAUCGAGCUGGCCGUGGAGUCCAUGAAGCCGGUCCGACCCAUCCUGCAGUGGCACAGGCACCCAAACGAUGUGGAGUAUCGAGAAAUCACCUCCCAGUACUUUGAAAACCUCCGGGUGUACUGGCAGCAUCUGUUGGACCUGGACACCGAGCUAGGGUUUAGUUUAGAAGAAGCCAUGGUGUGUGCAUUCAAAAGGUUAGACUCAGACAUAUCACUGGAAGUUCAGGCUCCUCAGGAAAAUGAACUGAUGAGAAAUAUUGCCCUCCAAGUAGCUUUUUCUGGUGCAACAGCCUGUGUAGCUCACGUUGAUGGUGUUCACCUACAUGUUGCAAAUACCGGUGACUGCAGAGCAGUUUUAGGGGUUCGUGAAGAAGAUGGAACAUGGUCUACUCUCCCUCUAACCCGAGACCACAAUGCCUGUGAUGAAUUUGAAAUCAGAAGAUUGAAGAGAGAACAUCCUAGAUCUGAGGAGAAAACUCUCUUUGUGAAUGACAGAUUACUGGGCAUCCUCAUGCCCUCCAGAGCCUUUGGAGAUGUGCAAUUAAAAUGGAGUAAAGAAUUGCAGCACAGUGUUCUCGAGAAUAGCUGUGAUGUUGAGGCUUUGAACAUUUAUCAGUAUGUUCCUCCAAACUACCAUACACCCCCUUAUUUAACUGCAGAGCCUGAAGUCACAUACCACAAAUUGAGGAGCAAGGAUAAGUUUCUAGUUAUUGCUUCGGACGGGCUGUGGGAGAUGUUGAGUAACGAGAAGGUUGUCAAACUUGUUGCUGGACACCUCACAGAGCUGAACGUGCAGAAACCACAACUGACUUUUAAGAAACCAGUUAAUUUGGGUUAUAUGCACAACUUGCUGCUGCAGAGGAAGAGCAGAGGCCUGGCCUCCCUGGACCAGAACAUCGCCACCCACCUGAUCAGACACGCGAUCGGCAGCAACGAGUACGGCGAGGUGGACCCCGAGAAACUGGCGGCCAUGCUCACCCUGCCCGAGGACCUGGCCAGGAUGUACAGGGAUGACAUCACAGUCACUGUGGUGUACUUCAACUCAGAAACCAUCGAGAACUACUACAGGGACCACGAGUGACCUUGCACUGCUGCUCUGCAAUACCAGUAGCAAACUUUGAUAUUGGAACCAUUCCUCUCGUUCUCUCAUAGUCGAGCUGUUACCAGUGUUAUAAUCUGCAGGUUUCUAGAUUUUUUUGUUACUUGCUAGUAAAACAACUUUGGUGAAAGUUCCCUGGGUUUCCAGGUCUGUGUACUCUGAAGGAAAAUGGUUUCAUAAAACUUCACCGAGAUGUAACUGAACUAAAGAUUCUGAUUCCAUGAGAGCCUCUGGUAAAAAUUUUCAAAAGAACAAAGGAGACAAAUUUCACUGAGCCUGCUACAAUUUAACAGAGAGCUGGAUAAUAGGUGUAGCUGCAUGGCCUGUCAGAAAGGCUCUGCUCUUGUGGCAAACAAGUAGCAUCCUACUGAAGCACUGUAACUGAAUUAAAUAAAUUAACUACCAAAACUUUC